CAAUUUCAGUGACAAUUAUGACCCCCGUUUUGUUCGAAAUAAUCAUUCGUCCCAAUGCCCUCCUGACUGUCCUCUUUCGGGAGUGUGAUAUAGAGAGACGUGAAGACAAGAUGGUGAACCUCGUCAGUGUUUUUCGGGAGCACUGGGUCAACGUUCUUGUCCCGCUUGGCUUUGUUAUUGGAAUAUAUUUGGAAAGGAAGAGUGAUGAGAAACUCACAUCUUUCAGAAACAAGAGCUUAUUGUACUCACGGGAUCUGAAACCUGGAGAGGAAGUGACCUGGAAGUAAACCUUUCCAACAGCAAAUUAAACCCCAGACUAUUUAUAAGAUGAUACAAGAUGCUAUGUUGUUCCUUAUGUUUUGGCUUUGUAUGACAAAGCUGUACUGAAUAUGACAAAGCUGUACUGAAUAUGACCUGCUUUUCAAUAACUAGAAGCAAUAAACCACACAAAAUAAAAUAGAA